UCAAUCUUUUUGACUCUGGAGAACAACAAAAGAUCUUGAUAAAAUAAAUCAGUUGGACUGUCAUGGACUUCCGUUUUUGACCACAAAAGACAUUUGAGAAUAACCUCUGAGAAAAUUAACAUAAAAAAGCAACACAGUCAAUGACAUUAACACACCACAAGUUAACUGAAAAUGCUUGUUUGAACUUUGUCCAUCUUUGUCUGUUCUUAUACCCUUAGCACAAUGUCAUGCAAAAGAAAAACACUCUGUGAAAUUGUUUAUUGAUUUUUGAAAAUGCUGCAUUCUUGAUUUUUGUAUCAAUUUUUGUUUUAAUACAUUGUAAUUUUUGUUAAUUCUUGUCCUAUUGAAAUGGCACCGUAAAACAGUGUUUAGUCUUCAGAGGGAUUUGGCCGAGUCACGACUACAUAAUAUGCUCUACUCUUAAGCUUCAAUGUUGUUGAAGAUGAGAUGUUUCCUUUAUGUGUUCAUAUGCAGAACAUGAUCCUGUAUAUAUUUGUAUAGCAAAACAUUAAACACAGUGAUUAUAAGUAAAUGGCUACGAGAUGUUUAAUUGCACUAUAUUGUGAAGAAGAAGCAGGUUAAUCACAAAUCGCUUCUAUUAUCUGCGUACACAGUAUAGUUUGUAUAGAUACCAUGCUUGGAAAUGUGUGGAUUUUUUCACUUCAUCUAACAUCUGUUCAGCUGUAACUCUGUGGAAGGUCACAUUAGGACUAUUGAUUUUGUGAAAUAUGUAUUUUUACUUAUUAUUGAAAAUUGUAUUGUGUUAAUUAUUGACUCCAUAAAAGGAUUGAUGCUAUUGGUUUGCCGUAAUUCUCUGAAAAAUUUCAAAAUAUUAAAUUACUGACUGACCGGUGAAUGCAGAGCUCCUAAAAAUGUCCUUUAAAAAUCUUCUAACAAUUUAAAGAACUUACAUGGCACUGCAGGUUAGCAGGAUAAAGUCAACUAACUCCUCACAAUCACAAGCCAGGAACAUUAACACUCAGUAGAUGCAAGACUGCUGAUUUUACACGAGAGAUGCAGUUGGUACUCCGUCCUGUGGGUGAUGCUGUUAGUACCAACAUUUCACACCACCGAAGCACUGAGCAUUCUUGGCCAAUUUUUUUUUAACAUUAACGGUUACCCCUGGCUUUUUUCGGAAGCCUACUGAAGGUCCCUAUUGGCAUAUCAGUAUUCAAUAAUUACAUUUAGGAUGUUACAGCCUUGAAAAAACAAAACCUCCGCUAUGCGACAGAGGAAGGGGUAGUUUGAGACGCUGUAGCAGAGUGCAUUGACUACAUACAUCUUAAGUGAGGCUGGCUGAAGGAUGGAUCCAAUCGACUGGGAUGCCAUACGAGCAAUCCAGAGAAAUAUGCACCCAAAUCAUCAAAAUGACGUAAAUAACAGCAUUGAGAAUGCCCCAAGAACUAAUAUUGAGUGGGACACUUACUGUGAAUACUCAAGACCCACUGUUGGUGAAGCACACAGCAGCAUGAUAGUGAAUGUGGAACACGAGCGACUGAGUCCUUCCUUUCAUAAGGUUUAUAUUAAAGACUCAGAAGUCCAGGACCCAGACGGAGAACCGCUUCCAUCGGAUGAAGAAGAUCCAGAGCUGUCAAGAAAGAGGAAAGAGCUUCGAGAGAUAGAGGAGCGGAUAAUGUUUAAGAAAGCUGCCAUUGCUCUGAAAGCAGUUGAACCAACACUGCCAAACGUUUCCAGUAAUGCAGCUACAUACAAAGGUGCAACUCUUAAAGACAGGGUGAAUGUCAUUUUGCAGAAAAGAAAUCCUGUCGGAUUUAACUCAAUGUUUUGGUCGCACAGAGAGCGAAUGCACUCAUCCAGGCUGAGCAAAGAUAGUCUCCUGCAGAACAACCAUCCCCUGAAGCUCAGAGUGAAGGCGCUAAUGAAGAGGAGAUGCAGUGAUCCAGCACGCAGAGAGUGCGGUGAAACCCCACCGUCUCCCCCCAGUCGAAGCUUUACCUCACCAGCCAAGGAGGAGACUAUCGUCAACAAAGGUUUCCAGCGCUUCCUCAGCGUGCUCAACAAAGGAGUGGACAUAGACUUCCUCAGCAGGAUUGUCAACGAUGAUGAUGAAGAUCUCCUUUCAGGCGAGCAGCUCCUAACCACUCAGCCCCCUGCAGUAGAGAAAGAGCCACAUCCAUCUUUCAGGAGCGAGGGCCAGCGAUCAAACAGUGAAGCCUCGCUUCCCGGCUUCAGUCAGACCAACAGAGGCCACGACACCUUUUGCAUACCGGGCGAUGAAGAAAGUAGGAAUGAAGGAGGAGAAAGCAAGUUUGGUUCUAGCAUACGAUCAAAGUCACCUGUUUCAGUUGUGAAGAAGAAUGAAGAAGAAGAUAAACCAAAGGUGGAUGUGCAGCGUGAACAGCUUCAGAAUAUUCUUAAAACACUGGGGUUGAACCUGGAAGUGGAAGAGAUGAGCAAACUAGAAGAUCGGACUCAGGAGAGACUGUACGGGAAGAAGAAUGAAGACACAAAUGUAGAAGGAUGUAGAGGAGCGCAGGAGAGUCAGCAGAGUGGCCCCCAGAGACAUUUCAGUAACUCCUCAUCCUCCUCCUCCUCAAGGUCCACCAAGUCUAGAAGCUUAAGUCCCAGCCUCCCAAUGCGUCAGUGCUCCCCCAGUAGAAACCUGGAACGAAAGUCUGAACAGACUUAUUCGAGAGAGAGGAGAGACAGGAUUAUAGACAAUAGCAGAGACAGAUUUAUAGACAGAAGCAGAGAAAGGAUUAUUGACAGAAGCAGAGACAGAUUUAGAGACAGAAGCAGAGACAGGGUUAUAGACAGAAGCAGAGAAAGGAUUAUUGACAGAAGCAGAGACAGAUUUAGAGACAGAAGCAGAGACAGGAUUAUAGACAGAAGCAGAGACAGAAGCAGAGACAGAUUUAGAGACAGAAGCAGAGAAAGGAUUAUUGACAGAAGCAGAGAAAGGAUUAGAGACAAUAGCAAAAACAGAAUUGGAGACAGAAGCAGAGAAAUUGUUAUAGACAGAAGCAGAGAUGGAAGCAGAAACAGUCUUACACAAAACCAAACCAACCCCCAUCCCAAACCGGAUAAUUGUUCUACAUUUCCACAAUGCAGUUUGUCCGAGGACUCACAGUACACUGCCUACGAUAAAGGCACUUACAGCUCUGCCACAAAUACUUACUGGGGACAGACGCAGGUGUCUGUUCCUCCCUCCCUUUACCCCGGUGAGGGUCCUUACCCCCUAAACCCUUAUCAUAACUUUCCUGAUUCUGUGGGGGAACCUCACAUGGUUAACCCCUAUCACAACCCCCUUGACACAAACUUUUCUGUAAAUCCAGACUUGUCUAUGAGUGAAGGCCAAGUUGCAUCUUUUUCCACGAAUCGCUGCCUGCAGGUCAUCGACAGUACGCAGCAGUGUGUAAUGAAAAAGAACACCACAAAGAACACCACAAAGAGUUAUAAGAAGAAGUUGAGUGCAAGGAGAAUCAGGAAGGUUCAAUACUGGGAGAAUUUAAUAGCGAAACGUGAACAAAAACCAAUAUUAUCCGAAGUGCCGAAGGCAGAGGCUGAGGUGGACCCUCCACCUUUUCCACCGAAGUUGCAGGAAAAUAACAUUGAACAUGUGUCCCAACCUGAGCCGAUACACAAGGAGAAACGGCAGCCAACAGAGGAGGAAAUCAAAGCGAACCUGAGGAAAACGCUUGAAGCAUUUAACCAGAAGGUGAAGCAGAGGGUCCCACAGCCGAACUUCCCAUCGCCUCACACUGAUUACGAAGUUGUGUAGAUGCGUCAUGACUGUCUGAUCAUUUGAAGCUGCUGUGAGAGAUCAUCUGGACUUCAGAUCCAACAUACACAUUCAGUCACUGCUACAGGAGGAUGUAGUAUUUUAGUUGUAUUUCCAAACAUGCUGAAAAGUAAACUAUAUAUUCCUUAAAAUAAUAUUUUUGUGCCAUUUAUUACCAGUUUUUGUUAAGAAAUGGUCCUUAUUUCUGUGAAUAUCACUACUUUGGAAAUCAGUUUCUUAGCAGCCUUUUUCCUUGAUGCUGUAUACAUUUGAUUAAAAAUACAUGUUUUUCAGG